AUGCGUACCUCCUUCCUCCUCGCUACAGCCCUCGCAAUCCUUGGCACCAAAGCUGCCGAAUCAAGCACCAUCGUCGGUGUUUUCGUCCCAAGCUGGGACGUCACCGUCCCCGGAAAUGGUCAAAAGACAAGCAGCGCCGCCAGUCUGGCCAAUAUCAAUGCCAACGCCGCAACCUACCACGUCGGAUGCGAGAAGAACGCCCCCAAAACCGACUGCGACUUUCCGACUUCGUGGACUUUCAUCCAAGGCGCCGAGACGGCGAGCUUCACGGGCAAAUACAUUGCUACUUCAUCUGACGAAUCGUAUAACUUCGAUGUCACUGUUACCGAGAAGUGGGACUGUAAGCUCAAAUCUUCAACUGAGUCUGCUAGCUGUACUAUGAGUGUUGGCAUGAGUGGCUCGUCUGAUAGUGCGAAGUUUGAGUAUUCGACUUCAUCCACGGCUACUUACUCUACUGUGCCUAUGGAUCAGUUUUACUAUCAGUUGACUGUUACGGCGGGCUUGAGCUCUUUAACUAUGCCUGCGGCUACUGAAACUGGUGCUGCGGCUGGUCCUGCUGGGGCUAUGAUUACGGCCGCUCCCGUUGUUGCUGCUGCUCUUGCUGCGCUGCUUUAA